CCAGCUACCCAACAUGUUUGGCAGUCUGAGCUCCACAAUCAUGUCUCUGAUGAUUGGCUCCUACGCUUCCUCAGCUGUCACCUUCCCUGGAGUCAAGCUGAUCUAUGAUGCGGAUGUGUCGUUCCGGGUGAUCAUGUGGGUGUGGUCGGGUCUAGCAGGCUUAGUCUUCCUCAACUGUUUCCUCAACUGGCCAGUGGAGGCCUUCCCCACACCUGACGAGGUCGACUACAGUAAGAAGUUAGCGCUGACUUAUGUGUCUGGGGACCAUAAGGGUGUGGGAGAGAGGUUGAGUCAGAAGAAUGGAAGCCUGAACGGAGACCUGAACCACUCCCCUGAGAAACUCCCAGCUGACACACAGAAUGUCAUUCCAUUCCGUAGGUCGGUGUUCUCGCCCAUCUUCCUAUGGAGUCUGGUUACCAUGGGGAUGACCCAGCUCAGGAUCAUUUUCUUUAUGGGCGCCAUGAACAAGAUGCUGGAGUUUCUCGUCACCCACGGCGACCCUCACGCUUCUGAGGAGUUGAUCGUCGAGGCAAAGGAGAAAGUGAGUUUCUACUCGUCCAUCUUUGGCACCCUGCAACUGCUCUGCCUGGUCACCUGUCCUGUGAUUGGCUACAUCAUGGACUGGAGGAUGAAGGAGUGUGUGGCAGAGACAGAGAAGAGACCAGCAGACGGGCCGACGAGAGACAAAAAGAUCCAGAAAAUCACCAAUGCCAUGAGAGCCUUCAUCUUCACCAACCUGCUACUGCUGAUGUUCGGAGUGUGCUGUCUGAUAGACAACCUGCAACUUCAGAUCCUGACCUUCAUCCUCCACACCAUGGUCAGAGGUUUCAUCCACUCCUGCUGUGGAGGCCUGUAUGCUGCUGUGUAAGUUCUCAACUUCCUCAUCUUCAUCAUACAACUCCAUCAUCACCGUCAUCAUCUUUAAAUACAGAA